AUGCUGAACGCUGAGGCUGAAGCCUUGUUCGGACUAGGCUAGUAUUUUAGUCUAGUGGCGAGUAAUUUAGUAGCUAAACUAUUCGCUACUGCCUAAAAAUCGUUCGCAUUACAGUCGAGUAAAGCUCACAAGUCAGUGGUACUCUGCAAGAUGAACAGCCUACAGCGUAAUAAAGUCAAUAAACUGAUAAAGCUAAUCGUAACGGCUAUUUUAGAAGAGGUGGAUGAGGAAAUUUGCGUGAUUAAUAAAAAGAAGCUGGGGAUACGAAAAUGGAUCAAUAGAAGAAAUUACCUAGGAGGUACUAAUUGUCUUCUAAAGGAAUCAGCAUUGGAAGAUCCCAACGAAUACUUGAAUAGCUUGAGGAUGUCCGAAAGUUGUGUGAAUUUUCUUUUAAUGAAAAUACAGUCUACGAUUCAGCGUAAAGAUACCCUUUUAAGAAGUGCAAUACCUGCAAUUACAAAAUUACAAGCAGUUCUAUACUUUCUUGCUACUGGAUGUAGUUUAAGGACACUCACACAUAUAUUUAGACUCGGAAAAUCAACUAUAUCUGAAUUCAUCAUCGAAGUUUGUGAAGCUAUCUAUGAAGCAUUAAAAGAAUUUAUCAAGGUUCCUACUACUGCAGGCUGGAAUGCAAUUGAAAAUGGUUUUCGAAAUCAGUGGAACUUUCCAGGCUGCUGCGGAGCACUCGAUGGCAAACAUUUUGUCAUGAAGGCACCCCCUGACUCAGGAAGUUUAUACUAUAAUUACAAAGGCACAAACAGUAUUGUCUUAAUGGCCGUUGUAGAUCAUAAUUAUUGCUUUAGUUAUAUAGACGUUGGGUGCAAUGGAAGGGUUUCUGAUGGGGGCGUAUUUCGAAACUGUAGCUUGUACCAAGAAUUAGAAAACGGUGUUCUACCAGAGGGUUAUGUCCUAGUUGGCGACAAUGCAUUUCCCUUGAAAGAAUACUUAUUGAAACCUUAUCCAGGAAAUCGAUUAACCUUACAGCAAAAAAUUUUUAACUAUCGCUUGUCUCGGGCUAGAAGAAUAGUAGAAAAUGGUUUCGGUAUACUAGCUGCUAGAUUCAGAGUGUUUGAGAAACCGAUGCCCUUCAGUCCUGAGAAAAUUGUUACGAUAGUAAAGACAUGCUGCGCUUUGCAUAAUUGGCUCCGACGAACAAAACUACAGAACAAACAGUAUGAAUACACAGUAGACACAGAAGAUUUUGAGACAGGAACUGUCGUUUCUGGUAAUUGGAGAAAUGAACCACAGCCUCUCGGAAUGCAACCGCUACCCGCUUCUUUAAGUAACCGAUCAUCGCAAAGGUCUACAGAUCGCCGGGACAGAUAUGCGCAAUAUUUUGUCGGAAGCGGGUCUGUCCCAUGGCAGACAAGAAUGAUACAUUGAAAAAUUACUACCCUCUGGUAUAAGUAGAUAAGUAGGUACUUACCAAAUUACUUUCACUUGUUGUAAGUAUUGAAUUUAAAUUUCGCAGGGAUGCAUCUAAUAUACUGAACCAUUUUACUGAUGGAAUAUAAACUGUGUCCGUUCCCGCGCCUGAAUUUUUAGAUUCCUUUAUUUUUUUUAACUCCUGCGAAUAGGUAGAUCUAAAAAAAAGUAUAUCACGUUAGGUUAGGUUACUUCUUAAAACUAUGGUAGUAAAAAUAAUUAAGAGCUAAUUGUAUCUUUGAACAUGUUUAAUUGUUAAAUAAUUAUGCCUUUGAAAUAAAAUAACACCAUUAUUCACUAA